GCGGAGGAGCUGCAGCAGCCCGCCAUUGUGUAGAGGCCAGGCUCGCUAGAGAGACAGGGACGCUUUAUGUGUAUGCAGGCGUAUUUUUUUUCUUAAUUAAAUACACCCUGCCGCGCCAAGUAGAAGUAAAAAAGAGUACACUAAAUACUCAGGGUCCCCAGAGAAAGAGAAAUGUCAGCCAGCAGCCUUCUAGAACAGAGACCGAAAGGCCAAGGGAAUAAAGUACAAAACGGAGCUGUCAACCAAAAGGACACUUUAAAUGAUGAUGAAUUUGAGCCUUACCUAAACACUCAGGCCAGACAGAGCAAUGCCUAUACGGCCAUGUCUGACUCUUAUAUGCCCAGUUACUACAGUCCAUCUAUUGGAUUUUCUUACUCUUUGAAUGAAGCAGCAUGGUCCACUGGUGGCGACCCUCCAAUGCCCUACCUGACCUCUUAUGGACAGCUGAGCAAUGGCGAACAUCACUUCCUGCCGGAUGCUAUGUUUGGACAGCCAGGAGCAUUAGGGAGUACACCUUUUCUAGGUCAACAUGGGUUCAAUUUCUUUCCGAGUGGCAUCGACUUCUCAGCCUGGGGUAGCAGCAGCUCUCAGGGACAAUCCACGCAAAGCUCUGGCUAUAGCAGCAACUAUGCCUAUGCACCCAGUUCUCUUGGAGGUGCUAUGAUUGAAGGACAGUCUCCCUUUGCGGCCAGCGAGACUCUGAAUAAGGCCCCUGGAAUGAACAGCCUGGACCAGGGAAUGGCAGGCCUAAAGAUUAGUGCUGGUGAUGUAGCACCCAAAGUAGUUGGAUCAGCCCUUCCGGGUGGUCCUCCAAACCCAGUGUCUGCUGCCCCUAGCAUGCCUCCUGUUUCUAUUGCCCCACCUAAACCAGCCUCCUGGGCUGACAUUGCUAGUAAGCCUGCUAAACCACAGCCGAAGCUGAAAACUAAGGGUGGUGCUGGAGGUGGUAAUCUGCCACCGCCUCCUAUCAAGCAUAAUAUGGACAUAGGAACUUGGGACAACAAAGGGACCAUGCCUAAAGCAGCUACCCCACAGCAAGCUCCUUUACCCACCAAUGGCCAGCCACCCAAUCAGGCUUCCCCGCAACCUGCUGCCACUGCUGGUGGAGGGCAGCAGCAACCAAUUAGUAACGGACAGCUUGUCCCCACUUCUGGUCAGCCAGGACAACACCAACAGCCCUCCUUAGUCCAGCAAGGGGUUAUACAACAACAGCCACUUCCAGGCACACCUACCACCCAGACUGCUCCACAUACUCGCUGGGUUGCUCCCCGUAAUCGUGCCAAUGGCUUUGGGGAUCCUGGUGUUGGCCAGUCUCCACCUACUUCUGGGGCAGGUGGAGUGCCUGCACCCAUGGAGCCACAUCCAGUGCUUGAGAAGCUGCGCUCUGUGAAUAACUACAACCCCAAGGACUUCGACUGGAACCCCAAGCAUGGACGAGUUUUCAUUAUCAAGAGUUAUUCAGAGGACGAUAUCCACCGUUCCAUCAAAUACAACAUCUGGUGCAGCACGGAGCAUGGUAACAAGCGCCUUGAUGCUGCUUACCGUUCACUUGCCAACAAGGGUCCUCUCUAUCUACUGUUUAGUGUGAAUGGCAGUGGGCACUUCUGUGGUGUAGCAGAAAUGCGCUCUCCUGUGGACUACAACACCUGUGCGGGCGUGUGGUCUCAAGACAAGUGGAAGGGUCGCUUUGAUGUGCGUUGGAUCUUCGUCAAAGACGUUCCCAACAGUCAACUGAGGCACAUCCGUUUGGAAAACAACGAGAACAAGCCGGUAACCAACUCUCGGGACACCCAGGAGGUGCCUUUGGACAAGGCCCGGCAGGUCCUGAAGAUCAUUGCAAGUUACAAGCACACCACCUCUAUAUUUGACGACUUCUCACACUAUGAGAAGCGCCAGGAGGAGGAGGAAAAUGUCAAAAAGGUAUGCAUUUCUAGGAUUAAGUAGUUUGUUGUAAUUCAA